AGGUGGCCACAGGGCGGCAGCUGCAAACAGGCUACAUCCCCUCUUCCAACUAUCCAGGCAUUUCCCCUAUGUCCCCAGAACCCGCAAGUCCCCCUGCAGUCUCAAUCCUAUUGCCUGGUUUCUUGGGCUCAGCUGUCUGCAGUUGGUGUGGUAGCGGAAGCCAAACCGGAACCAGGCACUCUGUGCAUCCGCUCCAGACCAGGUGCUUCCUGCCCUGCUUGCUCCUCAAUAGGAGUAUGUAUGCUUGCUGAGAGCACAGGCGGGCGGCUGCUGAGCCACCCGCUGAAGAGAUGGCCGGUCCCCUCCCCCACAGUAGAGGAUUAAUAAUGUUAAGGGGAGAGUCUUGGGGCAGAAUCUCUCCCAGCACAUGCACCCUUCACCACCAGCCACAAAGUGCAGCCCACUGAAGCAAGCUCUGCCAGAGGAGUCACUAGGGUGGGUAACUGGGUCUUUGGCUUCAGUACUCUGCUGAGUCUGCAUGGCCACUGAGCCCCUCUCUGGGUGUGCCCACAAUUAACCAGAUACAGGGGAUAAGCCUCCCGUAGUGCCUGGGGUUCAGCUCAUCUUGUAUGGGGAGGGCAUCUUGUAAUGCCCCCCCCCAUCUGGAGGGGAGGCAGAGUCUUCAUAGCCCUGACUACUGAAACUCACUAUGUAGACCAGGCUAGCCUUGAACUGAAGAGAUCCACCUGCCUCAACUGCUGGCAUCAAAGGCAUGUGCCAACAUGCCUGGCCCUUUUGGGAGCUUACAGCUGGGGUCCCAGGAUUUUUGUAACAUUUUCUUUUGACUUUUUCCUGCAUGCAUGUAUAUAUGUGCACCAUGUGCUUGUCUGGUGCCCUUAGAACUGGGGCUAGUUGUGGUUGUGAGCCACAUGUGGACACUGGUAACAAAAUGUGCACCCUUUGUAAGAGCAGUAAGUGCUCUUUGCUACAGAGCCAUCUCUCUAGUCCCUAGGUUUCCAGAAUUCAGAAGAUCAGAAUACCUUCGAGGGAAGGCCAUCACCUAGUUGUGUGGCUUAAUGGCAUCUUGGCAACUUUGGAGGAGCUCCUGGGAAACUCAGAGAGCCUUGGCACUCAUUUCACCCUCCUGGGCUUGGAAACACGUUCCAAGUGCCACACAGGUUUAAGACACCUGCAUCACGGUGUCAGGACACAGCAAGGCCACAUUACCAGAACUGUCUCCUUCCGGAGGGAGCCCUAUUCCUGGGUGUGUGUGUAUGGGGGGGGGGGGCGUGUUGCAGUCCACAAGGGGAUCUGUAAAAAAAGAGGAACUAGGCUGAGGCCCAUGGGUCAUGGGGCCUCAGAGAGACCGGAAAGGGGCCCCUUCCACCCCAUCAUCAUAGGGGGUAGGGUUCAAAGCCAGACCAACCUCAGAGGACACUAGAGGUAGCCUUGUCUCCUUUCCCUUUUGCCCGAGUUUGGCGUUGGACUCCUGAGGGUUGGGGUGUCUUCCAGUGCCUGGGGGAGCAGCAAGCCCGAAGGGUGACUGGCCGGGGUGGGCCAGGAGGUGCGCGCUCCGAGAUCCCUGCCCGCUGGUUUCCUCCCGGGUCAGCACCGCUUCUUAUCAGCCGCAGCCAGGCAGCCAGACCCUUAUCUGCACAGGCCCAGCAUCCUCUGGCCUCUGCGCCAGGGGGUAAGAGGGAGGAAGCUGGGCUGUCGGGGGCGGGGAAAGGGCGGGUCGGUCCAGGAGCAACUCACUUUCUCUUGGAGGUACCCACCACGACGCCUCCGAGGCUACUCAGGCCGAAUUGGACCAGUGGAAACUGCUUCCUGACCUGGACUGACACACCUGACCACACAGCCAGGUCCCCCAAGCUGUGAAAACUGCUACAGGGUUACCGUUCAAUCCUUGUGGUCCAUGUGCCGACCCCAGGCCAGAGCAGAGGUGGGUUCCGCCAUGACUGAGAAAACUGAGAUGGUGUGUGCCUCCAGCUCAUCAGCACCUGCUACUCCCACUAAGCUGGCCUCACCUGGGCCCCUUUCUGCAGAGGAGGUAGACCACCGAAACAUGUGCACCCCCUGGCUGCCCCCUGGCAUGCCAGUGAUAAACCUGGGGCACACCAGGCCCACAGGGGCAGCCAUGCCCACCACAGAGCUCAGUGCCUUUCGGCCCUCCUUGCUGCAGCUAGCUGCCUUGGAAACAGCUCCACCUACUCUGGCUGUGCAUUACCACCCCCACCCCUUCCUCAACAGGUCAGUGGGUACCUGGGACUAUGGGCAGUCCUUAGGUUUGGGGGCCAGGGUCUUUGCCUACAAAGUGUUCAUGACCCACAACCCUUACAGUGUCUACAUUGGGCCAGCGGGACCCUUUAGCAUCUUCCCUAACAGCCGACUGAAGCGCAGACCAAGCCAUAGUGAGCUGGACUUGGCUGACGGGCACCAACCCCAGAAGGUGGCUCGGCGAGUGUUCACCAACAGCCGCGAGCGCUGGCGGCAGCAGCAUGUUAAUGGCGCCUUCGCAGAGCUCAGGAAGCUGCUGCCCACCCACCCGCCCGACCGGAAGCUGAGCAAGAACGAGGUGCUGCGCCUCGCCAUGAAGUACAUCGGCUUCCUGGUGCGGCUGCUGCGAGACCAAGCGGCUGUGCUGGCCUCCGGCCCCAGCGCGCCCGGGUCCCGCAAGCCACCUGCGCACCGCGGCGUGGAGGGCAGCGCAAGCUGCGGGGCUGGACACAGAGUAGAGGCUGCAUGCUCGCAGCCCGUGCUUCCUGGGGACUGUGAUGGCGACCCCAGUGGGUCAGUGCGACCCAUCAAGAUGGAGCAGACAGCCCUGAGUCCUGAGGUGCGGUGACCCAAGGCAGCGGCUCCUCACCUGCUGCUCGGUGAACUCCCUCUGUAAAAGGAUCUCAGGUCGCUCAGAUGAGGAAACGCCCCGUAGCUCUGGAAGGGUGGCCGGCGACGCCAAGGCUCCCACCCCCCGCCCCAGACUUUUAAGAAAAAUUUCCCACAGGCUAUCUGCAGUGGGUUUGCCAGUGUCCUCUUGCCAGGGCCGAGGCCAGAGAAUCAACAAGGCCAGGUAGCCAUGGGAUCCCAGAAGUCCUGAGGGAGGUAGGAAAAGGUCUGGAAGCCUUCGCACUUCUCAUCGGCGCCCCCUGCUGGAGGCGGGAAGACCCUAGCCAAGUGUGGGGAGGACCUACCCCAUGAAGCCCAACUGGUUGCGCUUGAUCCAUGAUCCUGAUCCAUGAUCCUGUUAACCGCGACAACGAAGACUCGGGCACUCUU